AGAGGUGAAAGGGGAGGCGGCCGGUGGAGAGGACCGGCCUGGCUGCUGCUGCAGCUGCUGCUGCAACCCUGUGCUGGUGGCGGUGCCUAGGCGGUGGCCGGUGGGUCCCGGCAGCCUCGGGCCUUGCUCCCCCGCACCUCCCGAGCCGCGGCAUGUCGGAGGGCAGCUCGAGCGGCGGCCCCGGCGGGGUGCGACCCGCCUUCUCCGGGCCCCGGGGCCUCAUCGGCAGGCGGCCCGCCACCCCCAUCACACCCGGACGUCUGCCCUCCAUCCGCUCCCGGGACCUCACCCUCGGAGGGGUCAAGAAGAAAACCUUCACUCCCAAUAUCAUUAGCCGGAAGAUCAAGGAAGAGCCCAAGGAGGACACCUCGGUCAAAAAGGAGAAGCGAGAGAGGGACCGAGACCGCCAGCGCGAUGGCCACGGACGCGGCCGGGGUCGGCCAGAGGUGAUUCAGUCCCACUCCAUCUUUGAGCAGGGCCCUGCAGAGAUGAUGAAGAAGAAAGGCAGCUGGGAUAAGACGGUGGAUGUGUCGGACUUCGGGCCGUCCCAUAUCAUCAACAUCAAAAAGGAGAAGAGGGAGACCGAUGAAGAGACCAAACAGAUCCUGCGCAUGCUGGAAAAGGAUGAUUUCUUGGAUGACCCCGGCUUGAAGAAUGACACUCGCAACAAGCCCGUGCAGCUCCCGCUGGCCCACUCGGGCUGGCUGUUUAAGGAGGAGAGCGAGGAGCCGGAUGCCCAACCUUUGUCGGGAAACGCCAAAGAGGAGGACAUGGAGGUAGAUGUGCCCAUUGUAAAAGUCAAGGAAGAACCUCGGGAUGAGGGUGAAGAGACCAGUACGGAGGCACCCGCUAAGGCCGCCAGGAAGGCGCCGGGACUCCCUCGAGAUGUGUCCGUAUCGGAGCUGCUUAAGGAGUUGAGCCUGGCCAAGGAGGAAGAGGAGUUACUCUUCCUGCAGCUCCCGGACACGCUUCCCGGCCAGCCUCCAACUCAGGACGUGAAACCCAUUAAGACUGAGGUGCAGGGCGAAGACGGACAGAUGGUGCUGAUAAAGCAGGAGAAGGACCGGGAAGCGAAGCUGGUGGAAAACGUGUGUACCCUGAGCGAUCUGUCAGAAGGCCAGGUGGGAAAGCUACUCAUCCGCAAGUCCGGGAAGGUGCAGCUCCUCCUGGGCAAGGUCACCCUGGACGUAACGAUGGGCACCCCCUGCUCCUUCCUGCAGGAGCUGGUGUCCGUGGGCAUCGGGGACGGCAGGACGGGUGAGAUGACCGUCCUGGGCCACGUGAAACACAAGCUGGUGUGCUCCCCCGAUUUUGAAUCCCUCCUGGAUCACAAACAGCGGUAGCCAGGAGUCGGGAGGAACAGAGACAGCCGAUACCGGAGCUGCCCUCGGCCCCCGGAGUCCCAUUCCCCGGCAGCCACAGAACCGGGAGGCGUCUCCUCGACGCCCCAGCCCGGUCUCGGGACCGAACUGUCCGUCUCUGCCUCCGUCCCCCUAGAGCCCGGAGGGGUCGCGUGGCUCCCUCUCCCACCAGCUCGAUGGCUCUGUCGGCCUGACCGGAAACGGGCCCUCCCCACUCUAUUUAUUAUAUUUAUGUUUUUCUGAUC